UGCUACGACGUCAAAAAUGGCGUCGCUGGAAACCCAUGGAACGUCGUCGCAUAUUUUUAUGAAACUCCUGGAAAAGUUGGAUGGUAAUCAGCAUAUAAAGACAAUCAGAAACCAUUUAGAUGGCCUUAGCAAAACUCACAAUGAAAUAGAAGAAGAAACACAGUCGGAAAAGUUUCUGUCAUGGGCAAGGUAUGAAAAGAACAUCAAGAUCAUUGGAGCUGAUGUCCCGUCAGGCAUUCUACCGAGUGGCAAAGAUGGGCAGUUACUGGAUGUUAAAGUCUUUGUGAGAAAUGGACCUGAUGAUGCGGUGUAUGACAAUAAUAAAGCAAUAAGAGACCGGGUUGCUCGCGGUAACAGUUUCCUUCAGCUGAACUCGGGCCGAACAUUCUGCGUAUUACAGGCUAUGAAAAAGUUCACUGGGGGGUUAGGGGAUGACGAUGACAGAGAAGCAGGAGAUAUGAUGGUCUGGGAGAAAUACUUUACCAAGCCUUUUAAAGAGGCCGAUCAUGUUGUGAGUACGGAAAAGGCUAAUGGGGAGGCCGCCCACCUUAGCUGCUUCAGGCUGGACGGACAACUCAUUCUGUGUGGCGGGUCGAAGAAUGUCCACUUGCUCUUCAACACCAGAAAGGAUAUUGACCUGUAUGUGGAGAGUCGCUACCGGAUAGCAACCGAGAUCUGUCACUCAGUUAUGGACUAUAUGGAAGGGUUGUCGGAGGAGGCACGCACUGACAUACUGGAGUUUCUUGCUGACAGUCGAUACACGGCCGUAUUUGAAAUCUUGUCCCCUGCUCAUCAACAUGUCGUUAACCUGUCCCACUUAAAGAGACCAGUGUUGAAGUUUAUCUCAUGGACUAGAUGCGAAUUGGAGCCAUCAGAAAAGCUAGAACAUCUAAAUGUUGUACCCCCACAAGUUGGCAUUGAGAUUGCACAAUGUCUAGGGCUUGACCCCAUUUCUUACAAGAUUGUACACAUGAAGGACCUUGAUGAACACAUGAAAAAGGUACGGCAGGGUAGAAAUGUGGAGGGGGAAGUUCUCUAUUUCCUGGACAAACAAGGACAAGUGAUUGGACUGCUGAAGAAGAAAUCUGUAUGGUACAUUGUGUGUCGCGCCAUACGGGAGAAAGUUAAGAGAGCUGUGAACCAGAGCAAACAGAACCCAGACAAGUUCUCCCUCUCCAGACAUCUUCACCUGGUUGAGAGGCGGAUGAAGGAGAUACAGAAAUGGCUUAAUCUUGACCAUCAAACUACACAAGAAUGGACGGAACUGGGUAGUAAAUGUGUGAAGUGGGCGUUACAUGCUGUUGAACAGGACACGCUGCCAAUGUCAGAAGUCCAGGAUCUAUUUCCUGUAUACUGGUCAAGGUUUCUGAAAGAGACAGACAACAGUGACUUGAUAAAUGUUGGUGAAGAGGUGAUGAUUUCUGGUGAUCAAAGCAAGGAGGGAGCCUGUGCCAGCUGACAGGAAUUUACUGAUAUCGUAAACAGAGGAAUUAACACAGUAAUAUUACUGUCCGAUCAUAUGACAAUCCAAAUGGGAAUGUCCAGGUACAACUUACAAGUUAAGAUGGUUAUUAUGUUUAAAAUUAAACUGACAGCUGAAAAACUAUUCAAUGAGGUUUGAUGUUGUCUGUAUGUUAGAAUUAGCUUUCAGUUAUUGAAAUUUAUUACCAUAGGUUAUCUUUAAUUUAUGAAUUUUUUUAUAUGUCUCUGGAGACACAUGAUUUCUGUUCUUUUUUAGGUAUGCAUAAAUUGUUACUGUGAUCUGUACAAAUGUAUAUACAUUUUUAAAAUAAAUUAUAUUAGCGAA